AUGUGGGGCGUGACGCACGUGUUCGUGGACGAGGUGCACGAGCGCGACAAGUUCAGCGACUUCCUGCUGAUCGCGCUGCGGGAUGCGCUGCCGCGCCUCAAGGACCUCAAGCUCAUCCUCAUGUCCGCCACUAUGGACACGCAAAUAUUCUCCAGGUACUUCAAUAACUGCCCAGUGAUCACUAUACCCGGCCGAUUACAUGAAGUACAAAGAUUUUACCUGGAGGACAUUUUAAAGAUCACACAGUAUCGCACAAAGAAAAUGAUACAAGUGGAGAAGGAACUGAGGGCCAAACUUAAGAGCGGACAGAGCUAUUGGUCUCAUCUCGAAGGACAAAAGUCAAACAGAGACGAGAGCCCAAGCACCAGUAAGGAUAAAGAGGACAAAGAGAACGAGGUCGAUCCCACGGUGCAGGCUGAUAUGGAUGAGUUCUUAGAUCAGUGCUUCAAGGAAGGCAGCCUUGACUCGUUCUGCCAGAUCCUGUACAUGUACCUGUCGGAAGGUGUGCCCGUGCACUGCGCGCACUCGCAGUCGCGCCGCACCGGCCUCAUGGCCGCCGCCGCGCACGGGCUCGCGGAGACCGCCGCGCAGAUACUGCACAUAGGUGCUGAUCCCAGUUUUAAAGAUAAAGAAGGAAAAACGGCCUACGAUUAUGCGGUAGAGAAUGGUCACACCGAGUGCGCCAAACUGCUGGCCACGUACAAUCAUGUCGAGGAGUCCAAGGAGAACGCCGACGACUCCUCCGACUCGUUCCUCCUGGACGUCUACCACCACACCUGUUCCGAGGACCUCAUCGAUCACGACCUGAUGCUGGCCCUUAUCAAGUACAUACACACGACUUUACCAAAGGGGAGCAUCCUCGUCUUCCUGCCUGGGUACGACGACAUCGUUAAUCUCCGCGACAUGAUCCAGGGGUGCACCGAGAUGAACGUCCAAAAGUAUCAGAUAUUCACGCUGCACAGCAACAUGCAGACGCUCGACCAGAAGAAGGUGUUCAACCCGCUGCCGAACGCGCGCAAGAUCAUCCUGUCGACGAACAUCGCCGAGACGUCGAUCACGAUCGACGACGUGGUGUACGUGGUGGACUCGUGCAAGGUGAAGGAGAAGUACUACGAGUCGAGCGGCGGCGUGUGCUCGCUGCAGUGCGUGUGGUCGUCGCGCGCGGGCGCGGGGCAGCGCGCGGGCCGCGCGGGCCGCACGCAGCCCGGCCGCGCCUACCACCUGUGCUCGCGCCGCCGCCACGCCGCGCUGCCGCUGCACGCCGUGCCCGAGAUGCUGCGCGUGCCGCUGCACGAGCUGUGCCUGCACACCAAGCUGCUCGCCGGCGGCAACACGCCCGUCGCCGACUUCCUCGCGCGCGCGCUCGAGCCGCCCUCCUUCCUCGCCGUGCGCAACGCCGUCGCGCUGCUCAAGACGGUCGGCGCGCUCACGCCCGUCGAGGACCUCACCGAGAUCGGCCAGCACCUGCUCGACCUCACCGUCGAGCCCAAGCUCGGCAAGAUGCUGCUGUACGCGUGCGUGAUGAAGUGCCUCGACCCGGUGCUCACGAUCGUGUGCUGCCUCGCGAACAAGGAGCCGUUCCAGAUCUCGAUGGAGGCGGAGAGCCGCAAGCGCGGCGGCGCGGCGCGGCGCGAGUUCGCGGCCGACAGCCACUCGGACCACAUGGCGCUGCUGCGCGCGUUCCAGGCGUGGCAGGCGGCGCGCGCGGCGGGCGGCGAGCGCGGCUUCUGCGCGCGGCAGCUGGUGUGCGGCGCCACGCUCGAGGCCGUGGCGGCGCAGCGCGCGCAGCUGCUGGCCCAGCUGCGCGCGCUCGGCCUGGUCAAGGCGCGCGGGCCCGGCGACAUCAAGGACGUCAACCUCAACUCGGAGCGCUGGCACGUCGUCAAGGCCGUGCUCGUCAGCGGCCUCUACCCCUCCAUCGCGCGCGUCGACCGCGACUCGGGCGCGCUGCGCACCUCCAACGAGGUCAAGGUCGCCUUCCACCCGAGCUCCACGCUGCACCGCGGCGGCGGCGUCGCCGGCUCGCACAAGGCCGUGCAGGGGCUGCCCACCGACUGGGUCGUGUUCGAGGAGAUCUCGCGCGCGGGCCGCUUCUGCUUCAUCCGCUGCUGCACGCUGGUGACGCCGCUCACCGUGGCGCUGUUCGGCGGCCCGCUGCGGCUGCCGGCCGGCGCGCUCACGCAGCGGGCCAACCCGCCCGGCCUGUCCAGCGACUCGGACAGCGAGGCCGACGAGAACAACUCGUCGCCCGACACGGCCGUGCUUACACUCGACGACUGGAUGGCCUUCACGGCGGACGCCUCGGACGCGAUCAGCGUCUACUACCUGCGUCAGAAGCUGUGCGCGCUCGUCAUCCGGCGGAUGUCGAACCCAUCGAAGCCGAUGACGCCGCUGGACGAGCAGAUCUUGAGCACGGUCGUGCACGUGCUCGGCGCCGAGGAGAAGAACGUGGGCCUGAAUCAGCCGAGUGGAAUCGGGCAGCGACCGAAGCCGUUGACGGUCGACUCGCCGAGUUGGCGGAUGCGGGUCGAGAACGACGAGCAGUACCGACACGACAGUAACAAGUAUUACCCGCAGUACAAUCAGAACGAGUACCCGGGAAAUGCUUUCUACCAGAACGCAUACGGGUACAGGAAUGGCCAGCCGCGGCCCGGGUGGAGAGGUGACGGACCCGCGCAGGGCUUCUCGCCACAGUCCUACAGUGGCCCGAAGAGUCCUAUGUCCCCGAACGGAAAGACGCUGCUAGCCAAUAUAGAGAAAUAUGCAGACAACGGCGAGAGCUCCACGCGGUACUUCAUAGUGAAGGCUGACGACCUUCAGAGCGUGGAACAGGCGCAGAGGACGGGCAGUUUCCCGUUUACGCAGAAUACAGCGAAAAAGUUCCAAAAACUUAAACAGGAGGGCCACCAGGUGGUGGUGAUGUUCACGUGCGCGGCCAAGUUUGUCGGUUGCGCCGCGCUCACCGACACAGGACUCGAUUGGCUACAAACACAGCACCUGCCCUUCCACGCCGUCAGGCACAUAGUGAACUCGGCGGCACUGGGCGCUCGGGCGGCGGGCGCGCGCGAGGGGACGGAGGUCCCCGCGGCGGCGGCCGGCGCGCUGCUGGCCGCGCACGCCGCGCGCCCGCCGCGCCGCCACCCGCGCCCCAUACAGAAGCACGCCACUGACCACCACCACUAGGCAGGCCGAGGGGACGGAGGUCCCCGCGGCGGCACUCCUCCCCACCACUACACCACUACACAGGGCGGCGGACAACUCGUUACUCGUAAGUAGUACUUAAGGAACUUGUUGCACUGUCAAAUGUUUGGACAUCAUAUAACGGUGUGAAGUUGAAGCUAUCGGUGUCCUUUUAUAAGACUGUGCUCAGAGAACAUAAAUAUUUUUCAUAAAGGGGUAAUAACAGUGACAUUAUUGCAAAAAAAAAAACAAUCUAACGUGACAAACGAAGCACGCAGUGCCAGUUAGUAUGAAUAAUUUAAUUUUUUUUUAUCACUCUUUAACCCAUGUUUCUUUGAGAUACAUUCUAUUUUUCAACCAAUUUCAAAAAAAGCGGUGGUUAUCAAUUUGGUUGUAUUAAUGUUUGUUACUUCAUUAUUACGUAAUUUUGAAACCGAUUUGUCAAAAUAUUUUUUUUUAUCUGAAAAGACAUACUUUUCAUGGUUCCACAGAAACGUCUUUAAAAUCCAUACAAUAGUUUAAUUUUUAAAUCAAAAUAACUAGUUUUACUACGAUUAAAUUAUCUAGAUUUAUCUAUUAAAAUACUACUUAUAAAAGGAGACUAAUAGUUUCAAAUUCAUUCUUUGUAACGUCUAAUCUAUAAAUUUUUAAUAAAUCGAUAGAUACUCGUCUCUAAUAAAAUUUUAUAGUAUAAUAACUACUAAAGACAAACUUUUGAGACAGGUAUUUGACAAACAGUAGCUCAAUUGAUAAAGCAGCCGCCCCAAUAUGGUAAAAAGUUGUAGAGUUAUAAAGAAAAAAAUAAGGAAAAUUCGCAAGAAAAUUAUUAUUUGAUAAAAUCCUGACAAUCUUCAUCAUAUCAGCCAUUAAAUGUCUGCUAAAUAUAGACCUGUCCCAUAAAAGGAAGUUCUGCCAUGCUCCGCAGGCAGGUUAUCCUUUGGUGAUGUUUUAAGAGGGACACUGCUGUUUAUCCUUCGACCAUUACGUACAAAAUCCUGAUGUAU